UGAUGCUGUAAGGAGCAGUGAACAGUUCAUACCACAGAUUCCUCCAGGAAGCGCGAAAGAGAACCAAUGUUCUUCUUUUCGAUUAAAAACGAAUCAUUUUGAUCGCGAUUACGAAUGCCAGUCUGAGAUCAUUGUUACGAUUUGACGUAUUCUCUGAUUCGCGAUAAAAAAAAUGAUAAAACUUGUAAAACUUUUGAAUCAUGAUGUUUGUAAAAACUCGCGCGAAAAAACGUAUUGAAAUUCGAAGCGAACGAGAGUAAGAAGAAGAGGAGAACGUAAGAUCAGGCGCGAGAGAAGAGGUGUUAGUCGCAGUUAGUUCGUCGAUCGUGCCCGGCACGUGCGCGUACUCAGCCCCUCGUGCCUUCGGAAGAAAGAAGGGUGCACCGGCGGAAGGAGAGCGAAGAAGGAGAGAAGAAGAAAAGAAAGCGGUCGAAGCGGAAAGUGACGGCAGUGCGGUCCGAACCGUCAGGCGAGACGCUGAAGAAGAGAGUUGAGCGAAAUUGGUAUUCCCGCGUUUCGCACCACGUGACUCUUUCGAGAUACCCCCCUUCUCGAACGUUGUUGAAUCAGAUCUUUGUGAACUUGAUGCCGUAAUCGAUAACACAAAUGGAUUAAGAGACAGACACAUUCAAGUGCCGUGGAUUCUCUGUCGUGAUCGUGAGAUAUGAUCCGCGCGAGGAUGAAUUCGCACCUAAUGUCACACAUGCUCUGAAGGUGAUCGACAUGAACCGCAGUGUGAUCACGUGUGAUGUAUAGACACGAGAGAUUUAUUGCUUAAACGGCGACCGCGUUACUUGCACAAUAUCUCAGAGGAUCAAAAUGAAGACGACGUUUCAAAUCACGUUGUACUUGACGACGUUGAUACUGAUGAUAGUCGCCGAGGACAAGCCGAACACAGUCUCCGUUUCUCCAGGUUCGCCUUCAACGGAAUUGAAGAGCAACACGAUACAGAAGCUGAUCACCAUCUUGGGAAACUUUGGUCUAGACGAUCAGAGAGGUCUGAAGAAGGUGUACCUGAGCAACAGAACGAUCACUUGCAACGAUGGAUCGCAAGCCGGUUUCUACCUGCGAAAGUCUCACGGCUCUAAGCGGUGGAUCAUGUUCCUGGAUGGCGGCUGGUAUUGCUACGAUAACAGGACCUGCAGGUCCAGAUGGAUGCGGGCACGGCAUUUGAUGACGUCGACUCAGUGGCCCGAGACACGCGACGUGGGCGGGAUACUUUCGAUGCAUCCCAAUGAAAAUCCACACUUUUGGCUCGCGAAUCAUGUAUUUGUUCCUUACUGCACGAGCGAUAUUUGGAGCGGCAGUUCCAGAGGACGGGACGGCAUGUUCUCGUUUAUGGGGGCAGAAAUUGUCACUCAGGUUAUUCGCGAUCUGGUUCCCCUCGGUCUCGAAAGUGCAAAUAGUUUUCUGCUGUCUGGGAGCAGCGCGGGCGGCACCGGCGUCAUGUUAAAUUUGAAUCGUGUUCACCAUUUGAUACAUCGUGAGCUUGGAUUAAGACAUAUCGCUAUACAUGGUGUAUCGGAUUCCGGGUGGUUCCUCGAUGAUUUACCCGCCUUCCAAAACGGCAUGUCUCCCGUUGACGCGAUAAAAAAGGGAAUGGAAUUAUGGCAGUCUCGAAUGCCCAAUAGUUGCGUGAUUAAAUACCCCAACGAGUCGUGGAGAUGUUUUUUCGGACAUCGAAUUUAUUCAACUCUGUCCGCACCGUUGUUUGUUUUCCAAUGGAUAUUCGACGAGACACCGAUAAUGGCCUAUAAUAUCCCUACACCGGUGACGAAACAGCGAUGGGAUCACAUACAUAAAAUGGGCGACAACGUGCGGCAGUCGCUCGAAAAUGUUAGCGCGGCUUUUGCACCGAGCUGCAUCAGUCAUAGCGUUUUAACAAUAAAAGAUUGGAAAAUGGUUAAAAUAGACGAUUAUUCAUUUGCACACGCCUUGCAUUGCUGGGACGAAAUGUUGACCGCAAAUUAUCACAGCAACGAACUUCAACAAGUCUUAUCGGACGAAUGUUCUUCGUUCUGUCGUAGCACUCCCUCGCAAAUCGAAACCAAUCAACCGUGCAGGAAACCGCUGAAACAGCUACUGCGCUCCGGUGCGAGUAAGGAAAAUGGUACCGCGAUUGAGAACGGAAAAAGCAAAGCUGAAUCUCUUACGGAAAUGCAAAAAGCCCGAUCGACUGUUGCUGGCAAAACGCGAGAGAGGAAACCAGCCUCCGGCUCGAUUCAGGAGCAGGAGAACAAGAAGAAGCGAAAGAGAAAACACAAAGGUAGGAAGAGGAAGGAGAGACAGAGGAACAAAGAGGCAAGAAGAGGAAGGAGAAAAAAACACGAGCGAAGGAAAGGUAAUCGCAGAGGUGAGAAGCAACUUAACGACAAUCAUACAUUCAUGUUUAACGGAACCAAGUCAAAUACCAAGCCGAACACCAAGCAGCAGAUAAUAUCGUCUGGCAAAUGGAAAUGCCAUGAGGACUGCCGUUUUCAUAUAGUUGAGCGCUGCACUUGGCCGCAAUGUAACCACAGCUGUCCGAAGCUCCACAAUCCCUUCACGGGCGAGGAAAUGGACUUAAUCGAACUUCUCAAGAGCUUCGGCCUAGAAAUGGCAAGCGUCGCGAACGCUCUCGGUGUGGAUAUUCACACGUUAAACAGUAUGGAUCAUGAUGAAUUGCUGACUCUUCUCACCAGAACCGCGACUUAGCGACAGACGUUCUGUAACAAUUUUACAGAGUUUUCUUGCUCGCUUUACAUUUCACUGAUAUCUUUGUAUUGGCACGUCCAAGGAGAUUGAAAUUUAGGUAAAAUCUCAAACAUUUUAUUUCAAUAACGUACAGAAACGAUCUCAUCAGUGCCAAUGUCAUAGUACUUAAAUUUUGGAAGAUUUACGAGUAUUAUUGCAAAUAUUUAAAAUUUAAUGAAAACAAAUCCUUCAAGAGAUUUCAGAUACAUAUAUAAAUAU